AUGCUCCCAACUGAAAGCCUAGGGGAAACCCGAAACGAAGGAAACAAUUACUGCUGUCUAGCUACUGCUCUGUUCGAUUACGACUGCGUCGCUUGCUUGUUGGAUCGGUUCGCAGCUCUUAUACCCAGAUGUGGCAGACGUGGGGCCAUCAUGAGCAUCAUCGAUAAAACUCGCGAUUUUUCAGAAACCCGCGCGUUCCUUUUGCAAGAACGGAGUUUCUUUUCGAAAAAGAAAAGCCCUCCUCUCUCCAUGCAGCGAGAUAAUCCGAUACAAAACACGAAAGCGGCGGCCCGAAUUGAUCCGAGCCCCGUGACUGCGUCGGUUUUUCCGGCAGGCGCCCUGCUCCUCCUCAACAGUUUUUCCGAGAAUUUCCGUGCCGUUCAAAACGACAUAAACUUUCACCCCAGGCGGGUGAGUACUAAGUGGAUCCUCGCUAUAUGCGCGCAACUACAUGAAGGGUGA